UGUCUGUGCCAAAAAGUAACAUCGAAGAGCAACAUGACGAACUACCGAUUUCCGAUAAGGACGAAAUUAAAUUCAUUUAACGUUUCUGUAUCUCAAUGUAUUCGAGUUUCAAAAAGUCAAGUCGGCCCGGGAGAUACUUCCUGCGGAGAAGAGGAACAAUUAGUAAAAUUCAAUUGAGGAAUCACUUUUACUAUCAUUCAGGAACAGCAGUUGGACACAGCAUCUCACGGUUGCAGGAUUUUGGCCACAUUUUCCUGUACUGGAUUCCUAUACGCGUGUAAAGGCCACCGAACUAUACGACAUAUGUUAAUUAAGUUUCUUUGGAUUUCAGUUGAAAAGGCAAAUGCACGGCUUUGAGUAUGUCAACACUGUCAACCCUCAACAACUACACGGCCACCGCCCACACCAGCACUGUCAACAGAAAUUAAUUUCCAAUGAGCUCCUAAUUGUUUUCAAGUGCUUGGCCAUGUUUUACACUUUCACCACAAAUAAAUACCUGCAGCAGUCCUGCUGCACAUGGGGCUGUGUGACCAUUGCUUCGCCCCUUGCUCGGCUUACGUGUACGAGUUCUGGGCUUAGCGUGCACAUGGAGCUGAGUGGGGGCUGGGUAUCCUUGCUAUUGUCCAGUGUGCACUUAAUUGCAUAAUUGCAUUAGCUUUGUGCUUUGACAUGGCACCGGUAAUUAUUUAUGGCUAUGGAGCAGCACACGCUCCUGAGCAGAAAGUGGUUAAUUCAAAUUGGCCAUACAUCUCACUCUGAGCAGAACUGCAGAGUGUUGACGUUUUCCUGUCCCUCGUCCGGCUCCUGUGACAAAAGACCUGCCAGAAAGCAAACCGACAGUUAGAAGCUUAAAAUAACGUACUCGACUGGUGGUGCAAGGCUGUUUGUCCCCUUUGUUCCCAUUGUGUAUUUCUUGGGAUUCUAGAAGAAUUGGAACUCAUUCACGGUAAGUGGCAGGAGGACGCUGCAAGCAUGCCAACAAAAGAGAAAUUGUACGUUUCCUUUGGAAUAUAAAGUGGCUCACAUUGGCAGUUCUUACGAUUGAUGAAGCACGGUAAUUUCAUGCAAUAGACAAACCUUUCUGUCUAUCCGCUACAUUUGAUUUGGCAUAAUUAUCGUUGUAUUUCUUACUAACUUAGAUGCCUCCGCCUUCUGCCACUUUCCUCUCACUAUUUCUUUUGUUUAAUUUUUUGUUAUUUUUGCUACCUCUUCGUAAAUUAAAAAAAAAAAUUACACACAAAACGAUUAAGACCGUACCAGAUUUGAUCCAGCAUUCCACAUUAUAAUAUUUCUAUGCUUUAGUCCAUCUCUCCCCUCCCUUUACCUCAAAAGUGGUUUCAACUUUAAUAGAGUAACUUUGGCAGUCAUUGCGUGGGGGUUUAUAAGCUUCUACAUCCACAAAACUUAAAAGAUUUUAAAUGUCAUGGCCAUAUGUCCUCCAGCAUAGUACGCAGAUUACAUUACCACGUGUAACUCCUAGAUACACUCAUUUGGGAAUAUUGCAAUUUGACAUUUCUGAUUCUUAGGUGGUUGGAGGUUUUGCGGAGAAUAAACUAUUCGCAACGGUCGUACAUAGUUUACAACUGUUAUCCGACUGUGGACAAGAUCGUAGCUGUUUCCUUACAUAAGUUUUCUUUUCACAAAUGUAAAUUCCUGGGGCCGGACAAUUUUUCGAUGAAAAUUAGUCCGCCUGUACCUUACUAUAUACAUUUCGUACAACAAUAUCGAGUGAAUGGAUAAUCUCUGUAUAAAGGUCCAACAUUAAUAUGGAAAUGUUUACGUAUUCUGGUCUCAAAAUACAUUAGUUUGGCCCCAGUGCCUGUAAACUUAGGAAGGUUCAAUAAGCUCUUGAUAAAAAUAAUGCUUAUUUCCUCAGCACUGUUAUACAUUGGACAUCUUCCAUUCUCCAUCGAAACUAGCGGGGCGUUUUGAGUAGAUGCCAUUAUGCCAAGCAUAGGCACGGGGAGCUGGAAAUGGGUGGGAUAUCUCAAAGAUUACUGCGCCAACUGCACAUUAGCUGGAUUUAGUUACAUUGCCAAUCAGAAUCUGCACUUGAUUGAACGAGUCUUUUGGCUGAUAUGUGUCGUGUUCUCUACCCUGGGAUCCUACUUACUGAUCAGCCAGUAUCAGAGGGACUUCAACAGUCGCGCCGUAAGCAUCGUAUACGAAAGCUUGCCGUCGACUCAUAAGAUAAUGUUUCCGACUAUAGCGGUGUGUGAUAUGUACAAUAAGUUUGUUGCACCUCCAGAGCUAAUUGAUUACGUCACCUCUCUCGGUUCUACGGAUGAGGAGUACAGCUAUGAUGUAGAGACGUUCAUCAAUUUUCUGGUGUAUCCUUAUUUCUACCGAGAGGAUAACAUCAAGGGCUGGUGUUCUGAGGACUGUGGUGAAGGCUGUGCCGAGUGCCCGGCGAGGGACUUGCGGCAGUUGUAUGAAAGAUUCAUGACCAACUGUACGGAUUUCUUUGUGUCCUGCGAAUUUUCUUUGAGGCCGAUCGACUGCUGCAAAUAUUUUUUACCGCUCACCACGCCCCAUGGCAACUGCUUUAUGUUCAAUUCGCUUUUGAAUAACAAGAAGUAA